GCGGACACGAUGAGUGGAAACGGACGCGCGGCGACCACGAGCAAAGCACUAUUCUCACGUUUGUUCUGCAUUCACUUGUUUGUUACAUACGCAACAUGCACCGACUACGGUGUUCCUAUUGAAAUAAAGAUAUGGGACAAUGGUCGAACACCCUUAGCUCAUAUGGUGGACGUUACAAACGGAUUUGGUUUAAAAGUGCUAGCCGAACAUAACUUUUUAAAUGACAAUAACAUUGCCUUCUCACCCUACGGAUUGAUGGGUAUCCUGGUCGCACUAUACGAAGGGGUGGAUGGGGAGUCCUCAUAUCAGAUUCAACGGGGAAUGCAGUUACCUUGGAACAGGAACGUUAUGCGGAUUGGCUUUAGAGAUAUACAUCGGACAUUAAAAACAUACUUUAUUCCUGAAGAGGGAUUUCUCGCGGGUUUAGCACUUAACAACGAGAAUGUAACUUUCAAUGACAACUAUAAAAAGAUAUUACGAUUUUAUGGGUUUGAUCUUGAAAAUGAUCAGUUACCAACCUUCGCCCCUGGAACCAAUAAUAGCACAAAUGAAACAACAACAACCAUUCCUCCAUCAUCGAGUUCAGAUGUAGCCUCUACUACAUCAAGCUCAACGGCGGCUACUGCGACAACUGAAAGCGCUACGACUGGCGAACAAGCAUCCUCAACACCAAAUAGAGAAGAAACAACUACUAAUCCGAAUGCAGAAACUAUAAACGAUAUUGACAUCCGAGGACCAACACCAACCACAACAAUGGGCCCAGAUUCUGCAUCAAAUGCUGAAACUACAACGAAUCCUGAGGGAUCUACCGUACUUAAUACUACAGUAGAACAAUCAACUACACCUACACCAUCACAAAGCAUAACUACAGAAACAACUAUACAAACAAUCACGACAGCAGCCACAAAUGAAUUAAUGACAAGUUCUACUAAUGUUGAGACAACAUCGACAACAUUUGCCGUUCCUGAGACAUUAUCUACGAUAUUAACUUCAACUGAUGUCGAUACAACACUUAUUCAAACUACGUCAAUAGGUACUACAAUGACACUAAAUGAUGAAUCUACUAUGAACAAUGAAGUAGGUACUAGGACGACAAGAGAUAUGACGAUGAGUACAGUAGAAAAUACGCCAGAAAUGUCUGCAACCACGUCUACGAUGACUGCAAAUGACAACACCCAAACGGAUACUACAACACUAACACAAUCAACCGAGCAAAUAUCUACUUCCACCGAUAUAGCUACUACUACUUUUGAAACAACAACAAUUAAUGAAUCAACAUUGGAAACGUUGGAACGUCGCAAAAAGUCAAUUGUAGAUUUCAUAUUCACAAAUCCACCUUACAUAGACGAUUAUUUGGUAUAUAAAUCAUAUGAUAUUGGUCCCAGCUCCGAAUUAUCACCAAACUUUGAUGAUAGUACAAAUUUCUUAGCGAAUGGAUUAAAGAGCGUUCAGGUUACAUACAUGCAUUACGACACAAUACUGGAGCACGCGUACCUGCCACACUUAGAGGCUUCAGCAUUGAGACUACCUCUGGACAGUGACAGAUAUUAUCUACUAGUCGUACUACCAAUGCGCGGUGGUGUGCCAGAGUUGGGCAGGCUGCUAUCGAGGAUGGCGCGAGAGUCUGACCUCUCCGAUGUAUACUCGGCACUGCGCCCGCGGCGGGUUCGCGCGAUUGUGCCGAGCUUUACAGUCAAAGGUCACGUUACACUUACUACAGAUUUGCAAAAGCUGGGUAUCCGCGACGUGUUUGAGCCAAGGCAACGCGACUUUUCACCCAUGACACACCAGGCCGGCGUAUACGUGCGAAGCAUUGAGCAGGCAGUCUCCGUUGCCAUCCGAAAGUACCGGCCCGACGACCAGAAAAAGAACAGAUACGUAAGUAACCAUCAGCCGGUGAGGUUCUCCGCCACAUAUCCUUUUCUCUACUUCGUGAUGGACGCCAGCAUACAUGUAGCUCUCAUGGCUGGCAAAAUGGUCGAUCCACUCAAUACAAGGAUAUUAUAGUCGAUGUUUAUUUAAAAUUGUUUUAUUGACUAAUCCACUUAUAACCCCUAACGAUUAUUACGACUAUUCUUUCUGAUCUGUGAUAUUUUUAAACGUAAAAAUAUUUCAAGCUUCAAAAAAAAUAACAAGCUAAGAUUGAAAUUUAAGUUUUUAUAGAAUUUGUAGAAAAGA